GGGCUUUGUAGCACGAUACUUCAUUUUCUCCCUUGAUCUCUCUCUCUCUGUGCUCUCUCGCUAGCUCGCCCACACAGAUCACUGCCAAUUCAGUUUUUAAAACAAAGCAAUGGAUCAGAAGGAGCUUAGACAGAUGGAAGAUGAAACAAGUCCAUUGAUUAAAACCAUAAAAGGUGCAACUGCAGGUCUAGUUGCAGGCACUAUUUGGGGUACCAUUGUAGCUACUUGGCAUGAUGUUCCUCGAGUUGAGAGGAGUAUUGCACUUCCAGGUCUAGUUAGGACAUUGAAGAUGAUGGGUAAUUAUGGGAUGACUUUUGCUGCUGUCGGCGGAGUCUACAUUGGCGUCGAGCAGUUGGCUCAGAAGUAUAGGAUGAAAAGAGACUUUGUUAACGGAGCUGUUGGUGGAUUUGUUGCUGGUGCUUCUGUUCUGGGUUAUAAAGGAAGGAGCAUAUCCUCAGCAAUCUCUGCGGGAGCAGCUCUUGCAGUGACAUCUGCUGUCAUUGAUGCUGGAGGUCAGACCACGAGAAUUGAUAAUGGCAAAGAGUACUAUCCUUACACCAUCAAAAAGAGGCCCACUGUGGAUUGACUCUUUUACCCUUUUCAUUGUUGCUUCUUUGCAAGGAAAGCUCUAAUUGGGCCACUUGGUCACUCUUUCUGUCUCGCUGUUUCCUCCUUUAAGAUGUUUAAUGUCCUUUGGGCUUUUGUUUCUGUUCUCAUGUUGUGAAUUUGAAUAAGUUUACUGUUAUUUUUGAGUUUCCACCAUGAGAGACAAAUCUCCAUUUGGAUACUUGUAGUUCUUGAUUAUGCUCAUAUAUCAUGGAAAAGCUGUGAGGUAGCGUUGAACAUUUUCUUGCAAAAUGCAUUUGUUGUUAAUGGAUAAUAAUCGUUAGAACUCA